AUGAACGAAGCAUUAUUAAAAAAGGAUUCAGGGGGCAAUCGGGGAUCUGAUAAUUCAAUAAACGGAGGAAACCCUGAUGAAUUCGAUUCUCCUAAGGGCAAUCAGCCGAUUGUUUUUUAGCCUUAAGAUUAAAACAUGCUUAAAAAUCUACAGAACUAAGAUCAAAUCUAAUAUGAUUAUGUAGAUCAUGAUGAGGAGCAAAAGCUGUAGUAGAAAAUUAAACCUGCUGGAGAAAUUAAUCAACAGAAUGAAGAGUUAAAGUAAGGAUACGAGUAUUAGAUUUAUGACUAAGACGAGGAAAUGAUGAAAUUCUUUGAAGAAAAUUACUAAAGUCCCAGCAGUGAAAAUCAAAUUAGACAAACUCUCUCUAAAGGUAUUCUACAAAUUAUGUCUCGGAGACUAUCUGAAAUGAACGGCGCAUAAAAAGAUGAAGUCAAGCAAGAGGCAAAUAUUUUUGACACUCUGGAGAUAAUUUCAGAACAAGAACUGUUAAAGGAUGAGGGAGAAGAAGAAUCUAUGUAAGAUGCUAAUUAUUGGCCUUAGGAUGCUAAGAAUGGACUCUCAUAUUCAAAAAUGAAAUAUGUUAUUGAAACGAGACAUCCUAGAAGAGUUAGAAAAGGCAAAAGAAUCCCUUAUUCUUGGUGUGGAUCUAAUACAGGCUGGCAUUGUGUCUGCAAAAGUUGUAAGCACUCAGACCUCAGAGAAAUGGGAGUAGGAGUGACUGUUUAUUUCAAGAUGCUGAAAUUCCUGAUGAUACUCUUCCUUUGGUUUUCGUUUCUUAGCCUUCCUGCUUAUCUGUUUUACUACAAUGGGAAUGAGGUUUCAUAUGAUAAAUUAACAUUAAAGUAUUUUCUCUCUGCCUUCUCGCUAGGCAAUAUUGGCUAAGCUUCAAACACCUGCAACUAUGGAGAUAUAAGAUUGUAAGAGAAAAUAAAUUUCUUCUGUUCUUACGGCUAACUUGAGAGAAUCUAUGUCUAUGGUCUCUCUACAAAGAAUUCUUAAUGCCCUUCUGACUUUAGUCAGGACCUUGAUGUUGAUUCUAAGUGCAACUUUUAGGGAAUGGGUAAUAAAUAUGAGAGUUAGCUUAACGACAGAUUUGAAAAUGAAUGCAGUGGCAAAAAUCAAUGCUAAUUCUAGCUUCUGAAAACUGACUUCAAUGCUUAAUGUAAUUAGGAGAUUGACAAAAGAGCUCUUGAUCCAAGUGGAUUGAAACCUUAAAUUUAUGCUGAAGCACUUUGCCAAAAUCUUUAAGUUCCAAUCCCAUUUACUAAAUAUAAAAUCGAAAGAUCAUAUCUUGCUGUUGUAAUAGUAGUAUUUGAUAUUUUGAUUAUCCUCUCCUAUAUUAUGGCUAUCUCAAUUCUUGAGAAGUAUGAAAAAGAAGAAGAUAAAUUUGUAAACAGAAAGUCCUUAAAGACGGAAGAUUUUUCAGUAAGUAUAAAGAAGCUACCCCCAUCAGCUGGGUUCAAAAAUCUCAAGGAAUACAAAGCACUUCUCUGGGAUCAUUUAGAGAAUGUGGUUGCUAGAGAGAAGUAAGUGAUUACAAGACUAGAGGGUUAGCAGUAGGAUAAUGUAAAUUUCAAAGAAAUCGUCAACAUUUAUUUUGGAAUGACUAGCUACAGCAACAUGAAGAUCCUUCUGGAAGUUUACAACGAUAUUAAGGAACUAGUAUUUCUAGAGACUAAGAUGAAAAAAGACAAGAAGAAAAGAAAGAAGAGCUACAUUAGAAAGAUCGAAAAGAAAAACACAGUAAUCGAUAUAAAGUUGAGAUUGAUUAAGGAUUUGAAGCUGAAUGAGUAGGACAAGACUAACAAGAUUGUUAAUGCAUAUGUCGUAUUUAGGUCAAUGGAGGGCAGAUAGAGAGCUUUGCAAGCAUAUGAGGAUGGCUAUUUGACAAGACUCUUUGGGAAAUAUCUAUGUUGUAAAUACUGGGAUUACAAAUAGAAGAAAUUUUUAGACAAAUGGAUUAAAGUGAAACCAGCUAAAUCACCAGACAUUAUUCUGUGGCAGAACUUGAAAGUAGGAAACUGCCAAAGAUUCGGGCGCAUUAUGAUAAUAACUUUUGUCACUCUGAUUCUAAUGAUAAUCACAUUUUUGAUACUGAUCAUAGCAAAGAAAUUUGAGAACCAAGCUGAGGAAUACUCUCCUUAGAUUGAUUGUCCUGAUACCGAAGUGAGUUAGUAAGAUGCCUAUUUAGAUCAGUAAAAAGAUGCAGUUAACAGAAUCGGGCUAAUGCAUUGCUACUGUCUCAAUUAAUUCUACAAGAUAAACAUAGGUGUGAAGGACAUUUAGUUCUAAGAUGGAAAGGAAUAUUGUAAUGACUGGCUUAAAAAGUAUACUCUCGCUAAUAGCUUUGUAUUCAUAGUAGCUUUCGGCAUUGCCGUCAUCAAUAUCAUUGGCAUUGUGAUCUUCGUAGUAAAUGUUGACUUUGGCUUGAAUUUCUCAGCUAUUCCAGUUUUCCAAGGCAAAUACAAAGAAUUCACUGUGGAAUGGUAUAGAGUCGUUGGAACUACUAUUAGUGAAUAUGAAAAUGUUAACACUGGCUCUGAAUUCUUGAUGGAGUUCAGAUAUUCUUCUAUUCUUGCUCAGCUAUAUAUAAUUCUCAUGUAUUCUCCUGGAAUGCCUCUACUCUAUUUAAUAGCAUUUGCUAGUUUCUUUUUGACUUAUUGGUUUGACAAAUUCUUCUUAUUGAAAUGCUACAGGAAGCCACCUUCUCACACUAUUGAUCUUUCUUCAUCAACUGUUUCUUUGAUGUAUUACGCCCUUGUUUUCCACUUUAUCAUUGGAUUGUACAUGUACUCCAAUAUCACUAUCCUCACUCCGACUGAUUUUAUUAAUGACUUAUUCGAUUACAUUACUUUUGAUACGGUGACAUUUGACUUGCGCAGAUUUUAGAACUGGCACUGUGUCUUAUUUAUUAUGACAUUUGGCUUGAUUUUCACUGCUUUUCUGAUAAGGAACACUUUCUUCAGAUUGAUGUGCUGUUUUUGCAGGAUUUGCAAAAAGCAGUACAAGUACAAUGAUAAGUACGAUGUCAUUUCUGAUGACUAUCUCAAGGAACUGAAUUUCAUGCAACUCUUUAAAGAGUUUAAGAGAACCAGGUAAGAAGUUCUUGAUUAUUAAGAGGACUUGAAUGCUGGAAAGAUCAAUGAAAAAGUCAGACCAGCAGUCAUCAAGCAUAUAGCUAGACUUGAUCACAAAAUAGUAGAGAUUAAUAAAGUCUUCCUUGAGCUCUUCUAGAAGUACGGCAUCAUCAAUCCUGAGGAAGAUGGUAAAUAGAUGACUGACUUUGGCAAAGCAUUCUAAAUUGCUUUGAGGAAAACAAUGGCUGUGAAGGUUUAAAACAGACUUUAGAGUGCUAUUUGUACCUAUGAUAUCCAAGAUAACGAUUUUUACAAUGGAGUGUAUGAAGUUGAGAACUAUAUUAGAUCUAAGGAGAAGUAGUAGUAAGUUAAUGAAUAAUAGCAUUUGCUUGAGGAAGAUGAGUAGAAGGCAUAACCUUGA